UCAGAACCUCGGAGGGUUCGAAGGGGCGGUGUCGAGGCUGGGUUGGCUGCUGGAGGCGGUGGAUCGGGGGUUGUUGCCGUGUCAGUGCCACAAAGUCGCUGCUCGGUGCGGGUCCCUUGUCGUCAUGGAGCUCAUGUCUCGCAACAUUCAAGUGCUGCUGCAAGCGGCCGAGUACGUGGAGCGGAGGGAGAGAGAAGCCGAGCAUGGUUACGCUUCUCUCUCGCCGCCUUACUGCGGGCAAGACGUGUUACAGUCGCGGAGGAGGCCGAAGCCUCGGAAGGCCCUGAAUAGCCUCAGGUCUGUACACAAUGAGCUGGAGAAACACAGGAGGGCCCAGCUGCGGCAGUGCUUAGAGCAGCUGAAACAGCAGGUCCCCAUGAACGCAGAGCAUUCUCGAUACACGACCCUUAAUCUUCUGCACCGAGCCCGACUGCAUAUUAAGAAACUGGAAGAGCAAGAACAGAGAGCUCAGCAACUGAAGGAACGGUUACGCUGCGAGCAGCAGAACCUGCACCAACGCCUGGAAGAACUGUUGGCCCACUCAAGUGUGGAACGGCCACGAGCAGAUAGCCUAGACUCCUCUCGGUUCUCAUCUGAACGCUCAGACUCAGAAGAUGCUGAGGUGGAUGUGGAAGGACUAGCAUUCAGCAGCAUUGAAGAGGAUGCUGUGGCUGCCUUCAGCACUGGACGGGAGCACAGCUAUUCCAGCACCAGCAGUGUCUGGUUGUGAUGGACAGAAGUCUGAGCAUGACGGCAGCUCUCAUCCCCCCUGCAUGCCAGUAUGAACAGAACGUGGCUUGCAACAAGACUCUUUUCUCCAAGUACAGGAGGAACCUCCAGCAUGGUGCAAAGGACCUCUCAUCCUGCAUGCCUAUGUUCUACUCAAAACCAGCCUGAGAGACUCAGAGAGAAACUGACUAACUUUCCUUACUGCUUCUUGGUGACAGGGUGAAGAAUGAGGCUUCGAAGUACUUGAUCUGUAGCCAGUGGCUUAAGCUAUGCAUUAUUCUAAUGCACCAUUCUGUGGUGAAAGCUUACUGCAAUCUCAUCUGCUCUUGGCUUUCUGCAGAGGUUUGCACUGGUAAGAACUGGAUGCAAAAUCGGUAAGCCAGAGUUAGAGUCCAGCAUACUCAAUCCUAUAAAAUUAUUUUUUUUAUUAAAAAAAAUGCACUUAGCUCUAGGCCUCCAGGAUUUAAAAAAAAACACCUUAGGAAAGCAGUUCUUAUUCUCAGUUCCUCCAAACAAAAUAGGUUGCAUUCCAUUGGAGUUUGGAGUUAAUAACAGGGCUAGAAUUACAGCUCAGGGGACCUUAACCAUGACCAAAAAAAUACGAUGUAUUCAGAUAUCCCACCUCCCCAGAACAAGGCGAUUUCCCUUUUGUGAUGUAUUCCCAUGUGUAUGUGGCAGUAUUUUAGUAAAUAUUUUUAAUGACUUGCAUCCUGAGCAUCUGGUUUUCUCCAGAGCAUUCAAGAGCACAGAACAGGCUGUUGGUGUAACUGCUGAACAGCAAACAUGCCAGUCGUCUCAACCGAGUUUUAUUAUAGACAGCAGCCUCCACAUUGCAGAGUCAGAAAAUGUAAGCAAGGAGACUUACAUUAUUCAAUCACAGCUGUGAAGAAUAGCGCCCACCUGAGGAACAGGCCCUGGCACUAGAUUCAAUUGAAGUCUAUUUUAACGAUAAUUACACCUUUUAGAAAGAUGAUGAUUGUCAGAUUUGUACAGUUUCAAUUAAAAAAAAUAAAACCUAGA